AUGAAGCAGAAGUUGGAUGAAGAGGGUAACAAGUGCAGCAUCCUUUCCAAGCAGGAGAAGUUCAACGAGCACUGCUGUAUCCGCUGCUGUUCCCCUUUCACAUUUCUCAUCAACAGCAAGCGACAGUGCCAAGACUGCAAGUACAACAUCUGCAAGAGCUGCAGUUCGUACCAGAAGAAGGAGAAGGCUUGGAUUUGCAGCGUCUGUCAGCAAGCAAGGCUCCUAAGGACCCAGUCCCUGGAUUGGUACUAUAAAAAUGUCAAAAGCCGCUUUAAGUGUUUUGGAAGUGCCAAAGUCCUGAAGAACUUAUACAAGAAGCAUAGACUGGAGAGCGGAGUUUGUCCUGAUGUAGUAGAAGGAGGUUUUUUUGAAGGAAGCUUUGAAAAUGAAGGAAGCGUUUGUGGCAGUGACUCUACAUUCUACCGACAGACAGAAGGACACAGCAUGAUGGAUACCCUUGCCGUGGCGUUACGUGUUGCAGAGGAAGCAGUGGAAGAAGCGAUUUCUAAGGCAGAGACCUACAGUGACAGCCUGGACAAGCAGAACGAGGCUUGUUACUUGCAGGAGCACAAGGAGGACCUCAUAGAAGAGCUGGCCACCACCAUCGUGCAGAAGAUUAUAAAGAAGCAGAAAAGCAAAAGUGAGCAGGCGGAGGCUGACUCGGAAUGGCCCCCAUCCCGGAGCAGCGGCCUGGCAUCCGUUGCUGUCUCAGAUCAGAGCAUGCUGACUUUUCCAGGGAGCCGCCGGGGCUCCUAUACGUUAUGGAGGUCUCAGUCUGCAUUCUCCCUGGCUAGUGAAGAUAUGCCCAGUAAAGGACUGGACCCUGCAUUGUCUGUGACUGAGGCUCUUUGGAGGCAGCAAAAAGGACACUUCAGGAAACAGAAGGAACGCAACCUCUCUGCAUUACCCAGCUGGAAAAGUGUGGACAGGCUAAAUGAAAUAAAUCCACCUUCUGUUUUCCAAAGCACUGAUGGAAACUGGGUUGCUUUGCAGAACGUCACUUUGCCUCGGCCUCGAAUGCUCGCCAAACCAAAGAGUCAAGUGUUUGAAGCUUUGGAGAAUGAAUCCAGUGUUGUGUCUGCCUAUGAUGAGAUGGGCUCAGACAGUGAGGAUGACUACAACUGGAACAUGGCCUUGAACAAACUGCAUCGGAGACCUCGGCAAUUACCAGACGAUUUCUAUUACACCCGUUCCCAGUAUGGUACUGAAUGGGUUUAUGGCAACGACCAGUACCAGGUAGUGACCUCCCCUUCCUCUGGGUUAUACACCAACACUGAGACACUGUUCUCUGAUUCGGAAACAUCUUCAGUAAACUCUUCCCAGGAAGCUAAAGGACCUAGCAAACUUCUUUGGUUACAAAGCAGAACUCAAAGCGAUAUGCCCAGAAUGGAAAAAACACAUUUCCACGGAGAACUGGAUGUAAACUUCAACCCGCAGGCAACCAGCUUGGAGUAUUUGGACAGCAGCGAGAGCGAAGAAGUCCGUUAUGGUUUAGAAAAGAGAUCAAGAAGGUGGAGGAAGAACAAAGUGAUCUCUGAAGAAUUAUGUGAAAGAAAAAAUCCCUCCUGCCCCGCAGCCAGACUGAGACUUGAUGUUCUUCUAAUUUCUUUGUAGGAUUUUGAUGAUUUAUCAGAAACAGAUGUAAGCAGUGAGGAUCAGCAUCAUAACAUCAAGCCUGACCUCACAGAAGAGGAGCUUAAAUCCAGGUUAUUUCAGCUCGCUGCUAAAAUGAGUGACAAGGAAACAUCAUCUGGUGAAGAACAAGAGUCAGAACCUCGAACAGACCCCGAAAACCAAAAGGAGAGCUUGUCUUCAGAGGAAAACGGCAGAAGUAUUCAGGAAGAGUUAAAGAAGAAGUACUCUGCUGUCUCUCUCUGCAACAUAUCUACAGAGGUCCUGAAAGUCAUCAACGCCACGGAAGAACUGAUAGCAGAAUCCACCAGUCCCUGUGAUUUCCCAGCGGAUGUUCAGGACAGAGGAAGAGGGACGUUCCCACUGGGGACGGACCCUGUCAGGCUCGAUGAGCAGCUCACCACGCUGGAAGAAAAUGUGUACCUGACCGCCAGCACGGUAUACGGGCUGGAGGGGCAGCUGACCAACCUGGAGGACGCCGCUCGCAAGAUCAACAGCGUGACGGCAGAAUCUGAGCUGGCCGAUCUGGAGGAUCAGGUGGCCACUGCAGCUGCCCAGGUUCAUCAUGCAGAGCUCCAGAUUUCCGAUAUUGAGAGCAGAAUAUCAGCUCUCACUGUUGCAGGCUUGAACGUGGCUCCAUGUGUUCACCUGACACGGAAACGGGAUCAAAAACAAAUGAACCAGAUGCAUACAAUAGACACGUCAAGGCAGCAGAGGAGAAAACUUCCAGCUCCACCGACAAAAGGUGAAAAAAUAGAUGGAUCUCCAGUUACCACUGUCAGAACGUUUAACAGAAACUUCAUGCUUCAAGGAUCUCUAACACAAAGAACAAAAGAGAGGAAAAGCACUGCCAAGGACUUAAUGGAACCUGCUCUAGGAUCUGCUGUGAUGUACUAA